AUGGAGCAUCUGAGUUUCACCUUAAACUUGAUCACUUUCUUUUUCUUUGCAACCAUUCUCUUGACUUUAAUCAAGGAACGGAAAAGAUCCCACACCAUCCAGAAAUUGCCUCCAGGUCCAUGGAAGCUUCCAUUUAUUGGAUGUAUGCAUCAUUUGAUAGGCUCACUUCCACAUCGUAGACUGAAAAACUUAGCUCAAAAACAUGGACCUCUAAUCCAUUUGCAGCUUGGUGAAGUUUCAGCUGCUGUUGUCUCAUCACCAAAUUUGGCGAAAGAGAUCAUGAAAACACGCGAUCUUUCUUUUGCUAGCAGGCCUGAACUUCUCACAUUCAAGAUCGUCUGUUAUGAUUCUAAAGAUAUCCUAUUCUCCCCCUAUGGUGAUUACUGGAGACAAAUGCGAAAAAUCUGCGUCACGGAACUUCUUAGCGCUAAAAGUGUUAGGUCCUUCCACAAUAUUAGACAGGAUGAGGUUUUGCAUCUGGUUGAAGCAAUAAGGCAAUUGGCAGGCAAGAGUGUCAAUAUAACUGAAAAACUUUUCUCACAUACAAGUUCGAUGGUUUGUAGAGCUGCAUUUGGUCAGGUUUCCAAAGAAGAUCAAUACGAAUUUGUAAGAUUAAUGAAGCAAGUGGCAGCUUUAGGAGGAGGUUUUGAUAUUGCUGAUCUAUUUCCUUCUUACAAAAUUCUUCAUGUUCUGACUGGACUGAAGCCUAAAUUGCAGAAGAUCCACCACAAAAUGGACAUUAUAUUUGAAAACUUAAUCAAGGAGCACGUCAAGAACCAAACUAGGAAAAAGAAGUUCAUUGCUGAUUCUAAUCAAGAAGAUCUUAUUGACGUUCUACUGCGAAUAAGAGAUAGUGAGGCCCUUCAAUUUCCGAUCACUAACGACAAUAUCAAAGCUAUCAUCUUUGAUAUGUUUGCCGGUGGAACUGAAACUUCAUCCUCAACUGUUGAAUGGGCCAUGUCAGAGAUGAUCAGAAACCCGAUGGUGAUGGCCAAGGCACAGGAAGAAAUCAGGCAGGCCUUUAAGGUAAAACCGAAAAUAGAUGAAAUUGAUGUUCAAGAAUUGAGAUACCUGAAGUUUGUGAUCAAGGAAACUUUAAGACUGCACCCUCCUGCCCCUUUGCUCAUCCCUAGAGAAUGCAGGGAGCAAUGUGAAGUAAAUGGAUAUACUAUACCAAUCAAAACAAAGGUCGUGGUAAAUUGUUGGGCACUUGGAAGAGAUCCAGAGUAUUGGAGUGAUCCUGAAAGCUUUGAACCAGAGAGAUUUGAUAACAAUCCGGUUGAUUUCACAGGAAAUCACUUCGAGUUUGUUCCAUUUGGCGGAGGAAGGAGAAUUUGCCCUGGAAUGUCAUUUGGUUUGGUCAAUAUGGAGCUUCAACUGGCGCUUCUACUUUACCAUUUCAACUGGAGACUCCCGGAUGGUAUGAACUCCGAAGACUUGGACAUGAUAGAGAACAACGGGAUAACAGCAACAAGGAAAAACAACCUUUAUUUGGUUCCUUCCUUGUAUGAUCCUUCAAUUGAUUUGUGA